AUGGAACAGUAUCUCACAGAUCGAGAAGCUCAAUUGUCAUUAGCAAUGAGUUGGUUAAAGGAGGCAGUGUCCAAUAUCAAAAACCAAGUGGUGGCCUCCCCUUCAUUUAACGGACCCAGUAACAACGCCAUGACGAUCAUACCGCCAGAUAAGGAAGUCGUCUCAAUUUCUAUCGGAACUGUUAAAACAAAAGAGUUACGAGACAAUCGAGACAAUCAGAGUACAGAAUGUUGUCUGUUCCUUGUCCACACUGCUACGACAGAAUCGGAAAACGCACACACCGUGACUGACACCGAGUCUGUCCAGACUAUUAAGGCGCAAUACAAAAACGUAAUUGCGUCAUCCUUACCCCUACGCACGACGUAUACUGGUAAGAUCCAACACGUCAUUGACCUUAUUCCCGGUACUUCUCCUACACAUAGUAGACCGUACCGGAUGUCGGGGGAGAAGAAACAGGAACUUUCAAAACAAAUCAGAGAACUCAUUCGAGACGAAAGAAUCUUUCCUACAACGUCACCUUAUGGUGCGCCUGUGUUAUUUGUGAAAAAGAAGGAUGGUACGAGACGACUAUGUGUGGACUAUCGAAAACUCAACAGCCACACGAUCAAGAGCCGAUUCCCUUUACCACUUAUUGACAAUUUAUUUGACCAGUUAGCAGGAGCCAAAUUCUUUUCGUCCCUCGAUUUGAUCUCUGGAUACCACCAGAUUCCUAUAAAGGACCAAGACCGUAUGAAAACAGCGUUUUUGACGCAUGAAGGACAAUUUGCAUGGCGUGUGAUGCCCUUCGGGCUUACCUCAGCGCCUUCCACGUUCCAAAUGCUCAUGAAUGGUGUACUACGCGAUUACCUUAACAAAUUCGUUGUUGUCUACCUUGAUGACAUCCUCGUCUACUCCCCAUCUAAGGAGCAACACGCCGAACAUCUCAGCCUAGUUUUGGACCAUCUUCGGGCCGUGCAUUUAACCGCUAAGGAAUCGAAAUGCAGUUUUUUCAAACGACAGAUCCACUUCCUAGGACAUAUGAUUGACGGUACCGGGAUUCACAUGGACAACACGAAACUUACCGCUAUUACCAGCUAG